AUGCAUGAAGCGGAAACAUAUUUGAAUAGAAAAUAUUCAACAUUUGUUGUUAAAUAUUCAUGGUGUUUUUUAUUACUUGGAUUGAUUAUUUGUUUUGCACUUGGCUUAUCAGCGGUUCUUUUACGUGAUUUACCUGAUUUUAAUGAUCCAACGAAAGGUUUUGUUCCACGAGGUAAAAACACAUUAACAUCUAAAUUAUUCGUUUUGGAACGAGUGAAAAAUGAACUUGAUAAACAAAUGUUAGCUGCAAAAGUGGUUGAUAAUAAGAAAGUGUCAUCAUCAUUGAAUAUCAAUAAAGAAGAAGAAGAAGAUGAAGAUGCCGAUUAUGAUGAUAACUUAAAUGAAUCAUAUCUUCUAGAAGAUCUUAGAAAUAGUUUGGAUUCUUGUGCCUUUUUAUCGAGCGAUCAAAAUAAAUGUUUAACCAAUAAACAAGUAUAUGAAUUAUUACAUAACCAAAGCGAUUUAAUUAGAUUUUCUAAAACAAUCGAACAACAAAUGAAUAAGCCACAUGAACAAAUAUGUACAUCAAUUGAUUUAAAUCGUCAUUAUGAAGUUUAUUUCGAAUCAAGUAAUAAGUCUAUACCAAAUUUAUUAACAAUCAACAAUCUUUUAUCACUGUGUAAAAAACAAAAUAAUCUUCUUAAAUUAUUUCAAUUAGAUUCAACAUGCCAUUAUACAUUACCACAAAUGAUUUCUUAUUUUUCAAAUAAAUCAAAUUGUUCUGAACUAAAUGAAAAUGAUAUAACAUAUUUUAUAUAUCGUAUGCAACGUUGUCAUCAAUUAUAUAAUACUGGUCUGAUACGUUUAGCUGGUUUAAAACGUUAUCGUUUUAAACCAAUUGAAUUAUUUGAAUAUGAUUCUUGUUUUCGAUAUAAUUUUACAUUUUUAACAUUAGAAUAUUUAUUAGAUAAAACAUUUUUAACAACGAAUGAAACACGUUAUACAGCUAUGUGGUUUUUAAAACCUAAAAAACCUAAAAAAUCCUUAAAUGGUAGUGAAAUUCAUACAGCUAAUUCUGCAUAUGAUCUUUUUAUUAAACAUUUUUAUCGUAAUCCAAAAUUUGAUGAUGGUUGGACAAGAAUAUCGGCAUUAAAUUUGUUAGAUAUAAGAAUUUCAACAGCAAUGAAACAAAUUCGUGCUGAUAUGUUUUUUGUUAUUUUAGCAAUAUCAUUAAUUGUUGGUGUAACAAUUAUUUAUCUUCGUUCAAUAACUGUUGCGUUAAUGACCAAUGUUUGCGUUGUUUUUUCAUUUGCUUGUGCUUAUUUUUCAUAUAAAAUAGCAUUAGGUAUUGAUUUAUUUCCAUAUAUUAAUUUAAUGGCAACAUUUAUAUUAAUUGGUAUAUCAUGUGAUAAUGUAUUUGUUAUAUUUGAUGCAUGGUAUUCAGAAAAAUUAGAUAUUUAUAAUCAAGCACGUUUACAAAAUCGUUCUAUUGAAUUUUAUGGUAAAUUAACUAAACAACAAGAACAACAAUAUCAUCGUGAUCGUGAUAAUACAUCAAAUGGUAUUAGAAAAAAAUUAACAAAUAAAAAUAAUCAUGAACAAGAUGGUAAUCAAUUAGAAGACAAUGAAAAUAAUGAACAAGAAGAAGACGAAGAAUAUUUUGAUCGUAUUAAAAAUCCUGAUUUAAUAAGAAUGAUGAAAGUUAAUGAUGAACAAAUGAUACAAAUGAUGGGUGGACUUUUAAGACAUGCAGCUGCUAGUGUUUUUGUUACAAGUUUUACAACAACAGCUGCAUUUUUUACGAAUAUGAUUACACGUAUUGCUUAUGUACAAUUGUUUGGGUUAUUUAUGGGAUUUUGUAUAUUAUUUAAUUUUCUAAUGAAUAUAACAAUGAUUGUAUCAUUUGUAAUUGUUUAUGAAAAAUUUUGUGAACCAUUAUCAGCACGUUUGGGUUUAUUUAAUCAUUUUCCAUCAUUAUUUGAUAAAGUUUUAUCAACAUUAACACGUCUUAGUCAUGUUAUAUUUGCUGUGUAUAUACCACGUUUAAUAAUAAAACUUCGUUAUCUAAUGAUAAUCAUAUUUUUUAUAUUUGGUAUAAUUGGUUUAAUCAUUGUUUUUUAUCAUCCAAAAUUAUCACCACCAAAAUCUCGUCGUUAUCAAUUUUUUCAAUUAACACAUCCAUUUGAACGUUUUGAAUAUCAAAUGCGUGAUCAAUUUUUAUCAUAUAUUAAUGAAGAUAAAGAAAAUGUUACUAAUCCAUUAUUAAUAUUUAUAUUUGGUAUUGAAGAUACUGAUUUAAUACAUCCAUUUUAUCCUGAAGAUGGAAAAAUAAAUCAAAAUAAACAAAAUUUAAUUUAUAAUAAAAAUAUUGAUUUUUAUGAUCCAAAUAUUUUACGAUGGUUUGAUAUAUUUUUAAAAGAUCUUAAUCGAAGUGAUUUAUUUAUUAAUGUUCAACAAACAUAUUCACAAUGGUUAACUAUUGGUCAAUUAUUACGUGGAUUUGUAACUUCAACUAAAGAAAAAUCGUUACCAUUAAAUGAUCAAGAAUUUUUUGUUCCAUCAACACGUAAUCAAACAAUUCUUGCAAUGGAACGUCUAUUUAAUUUAUUUAAAGGAUCAAAUAAAUUUCAAUCAGCAAAUGAUAUGACACGUGGAAAUGAAAAUUAUCGUAUUGGAUUUUUACCUGAUAGUAAAACACAAGAAAUACGUGCAUUUUUAUUUACUGUUAAUAUGAAUGUUACAUUUAAUUCAUAUGCUGUGCAAGAUGUUUAUUAUAAUAAAUUACAGACUUAUUUUCAAAAACGUUUAGAACAAUUAAGAUUAUCGGAAGGUCCUAAUGGGCAUGUUUAUAAACAAGUUAAACACGGUUGGUUUGUUUCUCCUCAAUUUUUAUUCUAUGACUUAAUGCGUGAAGUUAUACGUGGUACAUAUACAUCAUUAAUUUUUUCAAUGCUAUUUGCAUUUGUUGUUCUCUUGUUAACAUCUGGAAAUGUUAUAAUAACAAUUUAUGCUAUGUUGACUAUAGUAUUUAUUAUAGCUGAUACAGUGGCUAUAUUUGUUUUAUGUGGUUGGGAAUUAAAUAUACUUGAAACAAUUAUUAUUAUUAUGAGUGUUGGUUUAAGUGUGGAUUUUACUGUACACUAUGGUGUUGCUUAUAUUAAAGCAGAUUGGAAAAAAAAUGAAACUUAUAUUAAACGAUCAUCAAAAUCAUUACAUUUACUUAAUAAUAAUCAUAAAGAAAAGUUUGAAAUAGACAAAACUAUUAUAGACAAUGAACAUUCAAAUAAAAAAGAAACAUUAUUUCAACGUAUUAAAAAACAACAUCAAUAUGGAAAUAUACAACGUUUUCGUCGAAUUAAAAAUAGUCUUAUUCGUGUUGGUUCAGCUGUAUUUAUAGCUGGUUUUACAUCAUUUCUUGCUGGUUUAUCAAUGGCACCAAGUAAAUUAACAUCAUUUUCACAAAUGGGAUUUUUUCUUAUGUUAAUUAUGUUUAUAAGUUGGUUAUUUGCAACAUGGUUUUUCUUACCAUUACUUUCAUUUAUUGGACCUAUUGAUAAAUUUGGUGAUAUACCACUUGGUAAAUUAUGUCGAUGUAGUAAAUUAUCAUCAUCAACUGUAAUACAAUCAGUUUCAAUAAAUGAUAAUGAAGAAAAUAUACAUGAAGAACAAAGUUUAAAAAAUGAAAUCAAUUGA